UGGUAGUGUCCUCCUUCGUCCCUCAACGUUAGCCAAGUUAGCAUACUUUUUCAGUCCGGUAGGUUGUUUUCGGUGGAAUGUGGAAAAGGAAGUCUGGAUUUAUUCGCUUCAAACUUAGUUGACAUAUUUAAUCAAGAUCCGAGACCUUAUCUGUCGUUUGAAGUUCUUGUAUACUUUAAUGGUCAGAUGGGUGCAUUCUACUGCGCUGUAUGCAGACAAACGUCUUUCUCUGGAAAGGGGCACAUCUUCGGAAAAAGUCACCAAAGCAGACUUCGAGUUGCACUUCUCAAAUUCCUGGAAAAGGUGAAAGAGGCCCGCAGAACACUUAAAAAACCACAAGUGGAGAAAUUUGAUUGCACCCAGCACCAACGAACAUUCUGGUGUUAUUGCUGUGGCCUCGAAAUUGAGAGGAACGUCACUGAUGGCAAUAUGACUGUGCUGUAUGGGGGCUUGUUGGAGCACAUGGCCACGCCAGAACACAAGAAGAACACACACAAAUUCUGGUGGGAAAACAAGGCUGACCCCAAGCUGAGGGACAAGGUCAUCAUCACAACGGAAGAGACUGAAAGAUUCAAAGCUGAGGUGACAAAAGUGUUGGACUCUUGUUUGGAAAAGGAAGAUGAAUUUAUCAAACAGCAAGCUGAUGUCAUCCGGGCCCAGGAAAAGCAUCGUCAGGAAGUCCUCCAAUCCCUUGUUGAGUCUGAGGCAGAGUUGGAACUGCCCAACGGAUCCCACGGAUCAGGCACCCCUGUGGAGGAGGCCACCAGCUCUCAUCUUAGGCACCUGGGAUCUGACCAGCAGGCGGGACCGAGCAGAGUAGACCCAAUGGUUGAAGGGCAGUGGGCGGGACCAGGACAAGGCUUGACCUUCAUUGGUUACCAGGACUCAUCAAACAGUGGAAAUGUCCACACAGGAGCUGUCCCCCCCUGGCUUCAGGAUGAUCCUCUAGAGGGAAAAUCCGGGUCAGCAACACCGCCGGAGAUCGGCCCGUCCCUCCAAGACUUCCUCAAACACAAGGAGCAGGAGAAGCUGAGGAAGCUACCGCCGAACAGAGUGGGAGCCAACUUUGACCACAGCUCCCAGACAGAUGCUAACUGGCUUCCCUCUUUUGGCAGAGUGUGGAACAGUGGCCGACGCUGGCAGUCCAGGCACCAGUUCAGAGAAGAGGAGGAGCAGACAAACAGGAAAAAGAGAAAGGCUGAGCCUGGUUUUGACAGGUCGAAGAAAUUAAAAACAUCUAAAUAAGCUAUGCUUAAGACAAAUUCUGUCAAAAGUUCUGGAAUAUGUAAAUACUUAUUGUACAUAUGGUUGUAUUAUAUACACAUUCCAAUGUGUCUUUGAGUUGUUGAAUUGGAGUUUUUGAUCUUUUACUUAGAUAUGCCCCCAUGCAAUGCAGUAUGAAUAUUUAACUUUGAAAAAUAUGUACACAGUAAACAAGCUAAUUGAAUGGCGUCAGCGUUGAUAAUUGUGUUUUAUAACAGCAUUGAAUAAAACAUGCA